AUGCGAACUUUUCUCUUGCUGACGUUGGCCGCCGUCGUUCUCGUCGUUUCUGCGAAGAAAGACGGCGAAGACAAAGGAUCUUCCAAGAGAUUUUCGAGGGGAAGACGUCUUGGACCUGAGGCUCCUCCAUUGCCAGACUUCCUGAAAGGUUUGAGCGUCGAGGCCAAAAAAGAGUACUUCGACAUCGCCCACAAUGGCGAGCUCGUCAUCAAGGAUCAAACUGCGCAAUUGACCGCCUGGGCCGACAAAAAAAUGGCAAAAAAAGGUUCGCGAUGAAAAAGAGAAAUUUUCUUCUGAACCAUGAUGAAAUUUUUUUGAAAAAUUUAUAUCUAAACUUAAAAAGACCCUAACACUUUUCGGAACUGAUUAGGUAGAAAUUUGACUUUUUUUAAUACGUUAAAAAAACCUCCAGAACACCCAGGAAUAGUUUCUGAACAACAUAAAGUCACAGAAAAAAAAGCUCAAACCCAAAAAAGUAAUCAAAGUUUAUUAUGAAUUUUUUGUCUUUACUAGUCCAAUAAUCUUCUUUUCUAGCGAGGUUCAAUGAAAAAUCGUUAUUCAUUGAAUCAAGAACUAACUUUGUCUCAAAUGAAGCUUUGCAGGACGAAUAUGUCAAAUUCCGGGAAGCAGUUACGGCAAAUGAGAAGGAUUUGACGGCCCAACUCCUCAAAUUGCUGUCGACUUUGGGAGACAUCCAAGAUCAAAAAACGAAAAUCUACCAGGACACGAGUCUGUCGCACAAACAGCGUUAUGACAAGCUGGACGAGAUCUUCAGGGCUCAUCCUGUGGUAAAACUCCAAUUUUGAUUUCUCAAAAACCUUUUUUAAGGCUUUCCAAGGUCUAUUCGCCAUGAGACAGGCGCUUCGUAACAGCAGCCCGAUUCAUGUUUGAGUUCAUCAAAUUCAUCGAAAAAUGUCGAAAUUACAGGCUCACGAAUACGUUAUCCCAGAUAAGAACAGAAGGAAGGGCGGCAAGAGCAAGAAGUCAAAAAGGAGCAAAGAUAGUAAGAAGGCGGAAAAUUGA